GUUUUAAUGUUGCAAUAGAGCACCCACAUACUUAUGUGGUGAAGUGUACACAACUAAUACGAGCCAGCAAGGACCUGGCACAGACAGCAUAUUUCAUGGCGACCAACAGCUUGCACCUCACAACAUUUUGUCUUCAGUAUAAACCUACGUGUAUAGCAUGCGUUUGUAUUCACCUUGCUUGCAAAUGGUCCAGUUGGGAGAUUCCUUUGUCUAGUGAUGGCAAGCACUGGUGGGAAUAUGUUGAUUCUGCUGUGAACAAGACAUUGCUAAACGAGCUGACAUCGGAGUUUGUACAAAUAAUGGACCGUUGCCCAAGCAGACUUAAAAGAAAAAUACACAUCACUAACAUAAAGGGAGGUCAGAGGAAACUGAAAGGUGGUGAACCUUCUUCAGAUGAAAGCUCUCCCGGUAUGCCGUCUUCAGGUCCAAAAAUUCAACCUUCAACAUCUAAACAAAAUACAGAGUUGACCAAUCACGACAGACAAGGAAAAAUUGAAGUUGAUUUCAAACCAAAACCUGAAUCACAGAUGACGUAUAAAGAUUACAAAGCAAUGAAAGAGAUGACACUUGCAUUAGGGAAAGUCAAGAACGAGUCUAACACUGCCAAUGCGGAACGCAAAGAACAUAGACACAAACAAUCUGAACAUUCUCAUAGAAUGCAUGUAGAAAAGAAGUCUGCUUCAGAGGUUAGGCAACACAACAGGGAUUUGAAACAUACCGAGCAGAGACCUGUAAAAAUCCCGGAGCCUCACAAGUCUGGUGGUGACCAACGUUUACAUAUCUACCAUAAACCACCUGUUGAGCACCAUACGCAUAUUAGUGGUGAACAACACAGGCUGCAAAGCUCAGAUCACUCACACCACAAGCCUUCCAGCACUGAACAGCAUCGACCAUCAAGUUCACAGAGCAAGCCUCCAAGUGAUCACCAUCGUAGUAGUAGCAGUGAACGCCGAUCUCAUGCUGAAUACCACAAGCUACACGGCUCAGAUCGUAAAUCUGUACCACCAGAAGCCAUGAGAGAAAAACAUCACUCCAGUGAGCAUCGUAGCCACCACAAACAGUACACUGCAGAAGCAACACCCAACGGAACCAAACUCAAGAUUAAAGUACCACCACCUCAAGGAAAGAGUGAGAAACAUCCAACUAGUGUUGAUGCACAGCAUCAUGCUGCUUUGAAGGAGAGGGAACGACACAAACAUCAUCACCAUCAUCACCAGAAACAUCACAGCUCUUCAGAGAAACACGCUGCUGCUCAGUCACUCAAACAUGUUGAAAAACAUAGGCCAAGUAGUUCAUCAGGAAAGCGUCCACAUAGUCCUGAUGGCAAGUUGAGAGGAUCUCAUUCGUUUCCCACAAGCGACCUGUGGAUCGCACUGCAUCGCCAGCGAAAAAGAUGACAUACUCAACAGUUAGUCAUGAGAAAGUGCCUGAUAAUUUAUCAAAAAAUGUAGGUAGCCUUUCACUCCCAAGUAAUCAGUCCUUGCUUAGUUUACCAAUGCCCCCAGACUCAGACAUCAUUCAACAGGCCCUCAUGAUAGCUGAUACUUUCACUGGUGGUGACUCUACAAGGAAUGAGGUAUCUGAUUACAAUUCCUUCUUCAAUCAACUUCAAGACCAAAACAUGUAUAAACACCCACAGCAUUCUUCAUACUAUUCUCAACUACCACCCCCACCUCCACCGCCACUCGAUAACCGUGCUCCCCCUCUUCCUUUCAUGAACAUGACCAGCCAACCACCUCUACCUCCAGGGCCACCACCACCACCACCCCUCCCAGACAAUGCUCCGCCACCUCUUCCACCACCACCCCCAGAAUAAACCCAAUGAACAGUAUUACAAUGUGCAGUUGGUAGCUUACUUUUUGCAAAUAGAAAAACAAAUACAGAAUAUUUUUCGACAAGAGACUCUGAAAUAGGUAGCUCAACAAGCACAUUCUUGCGAGACAUUUACUUAAAAAAAAAAAUAAGCGAGGAUUUUUUUCCCUCAAACGUGUAAUUUGACUUAGUCGCCUUUAUUCUGACCUUUGUAUUAAAGGAAUUUUGGUUGUCAUUUUGUUUAUAAUACAGGCUCUUCAUUAUCAGUGGGUCCCUGUGCAGGGUAGAUUUUCAAAGAAAUAUAUAUUUACUAAAGGUAUUGUAUUGUCAGUGUCCUGCGUAUGUGGAACCUUAAUUUCAUAAUGCUCUCAAUAUUUUCUAUGAAAUGGAUAAUUGUUAGGUAACACUAUUGAUGUGCAUUUCUAAACGCUAUGUUUGUAAAAUAAGCGUUUUCUUUAAAGCUCAAUUUUCUUGGCAUUUUCUUUUUAUUUAAUUACUGAAAUUGAUGCCUACUUUUCACUCAAUUUGAAGUGAAUGCAAACAGGCAUUUGAUGAUGAAAAAAAAUAGCCAUAUAUUUGCCAAUGAUUCGUCCUAGGUGUGCUUUCACCACAGUAUGUUGUCGGUUUAGGUCAUGGAUAAAAAUGAAGCAUAGAACGUUGUCAAAAAUUUGUUCUAGCUGAAUUCUUCAUGUACAACACCUGAUGGCUUUUUCACUCUCAGUAGGCAAGAUGUAUUUGUAUUGUAUGCAAUGUUUUGAAAAUGAUGUAUAGAACAAGUGUUUAAACUGAGUAUCGUAAUUUUAUAUUAUUUUAUAGCAAACAUUGCUCAACAGCUGGUAAUGAUUAUUCUACAUAGUAAGCAAGAGCUAUUCCAUUCUUCCAAUAAUCUUUUUUUUUUUCCUGUAAAAUAUGACUUCUGAUAGAGUAGUCUAAUAAUAUACCAUAUAUAUAUAUACAAAUUUACUGUAGUUAUUGGGUAUUUUAAAGUACCAGGGUCUUUAUUAUGACUGGUCGUGUACAGCACUUCAUAAAAGAAAACUAGUCUCUUUUGCCAGUCUUAGUAUGU